AUGUUUUAAUUAAUAAUUUUGGUAUUCCAUAAUACAAUAAUUAUAGUAAUUAAUUACGGUGGUUACCUACGCCGUUCGAUGUACAGGUCGUCGCCAUAUUAAUUAUUAUACAGUAUAGUUGGUUAGUGGUGACUGGUGGAGGGAGCGAUACCGACUGAUUAAGUGAUAACGUAAAUAUUAAAUAACAACAAGUAUUAGGAUAGUAUCAAAGAACAAACAAUAGUAUAAUAGUAUAACAACUAUAAUAACAACAACAACGACGACAACGACAACGACAGCGAUUACAACUGUCCAUCAGUAUUCAGUAAGACCACAGUGACUUUACAAGCUGCGCCCGCAGGAUCCGUCCGCCGUGAGAUGAAGAACGUAUUUCUUGUCACUGUCGUCGGGUCGCUGAUUGCGUUCGCAUACUUGACUUAUGCGUGCAACGAGGCUGUGUGCGCGUCAAUCGUCUCCAAGUGCAUGAUCACACAGUCGUGCAAGUGUGACCUGGUAAACUGUUCUUGCUGCAAAGAAUGUUUCAGUUGCCUCAACAAUCUGUACAGUGAAUGCUGCUCGUGCGUGGACAUGUGUCCAAAACCAAAUGUUACUACUAAUGAAUUGAGUAGAAAAAGUCACGUUGAAGAUCUGUCAGACUCUGUAGUGACUUUGUUUACUGCUCUUGUUUCGGAACCAGAUCUACAACAACGAUGGGAAUCUCUAACAUACCCAAUCGAUUUAGACAUUGAAAUGUUCAAACCAGAUUUUCAGAAAGAAUUUAAGUUAAUGCAAAAAAACUCCGCCCAAGAUGUAUCUUCAAUGAAGAUUACUUUGAAUUGUUCUGUUGUAUUCAUGAGUCAAUGUUUGUCUUGGAACAAAUGUAAAGCCGCUUGUAUAUCAAUGGGUGCUAAAAGCUACCGAUGGUUCCAUGAUGGAUGUUGUGAAUGUGUUGGUGAACUGUGUUUGAAUUAUGGAUUAAACCAGAGCCGGUGUAAACACUGCCCAUUAAAAGGAGCUGUUAUGCCAACAAUAAGUGAAGCUGAUUAUGGUGAUGAAGAAGAUGACGAUGAAGAAAUGAUACAAUAAGUAAUAAACUUUCAUUAAUAAAGUAUUACUUUUAAAUUUGUAUAUAUUAUAAUUUUGUUGUUUUUUUUUUGACAACUAUCAUAUCAAUAAAUUCCUACUCUGUACUUUUAUAAAUAUUAUAAUUUAACAACUUAGACAAGAAAGUUUACUUGCCUUAACGAAUGCUUUUAGUUGUAGUAUCGUGGAUCUGACUGUCAAAAUAUGAUUGAGCAAUUAUCUUAUUUUUAUUUUAGUGUAGACUAUUGUAUUUAUGUUUAGUUAAUUUUAUAACUUAUAAUAUUGAACAUUUUUAUUCCAUUUUAUAUGUUACUUUGUACAGAGUUAUUACUAAUCAAAAAUCAAUUUAAGUUUAGCGUGUUCUUUUAAUGCUUAAGACUCAUAUUUUUUUGGACAAUUUGCCACAAUUUUGUAUGUGAGCUUGACUUUUUUUUCGUUUUUUAAGUUUUUACAUAUAUUUUGCAAUACUUAUUUUUAAUUGAUAGUUUAAUAUUUUUAAGUAAACAUUUUUUUUUUUGAAAAUGUUCUUGUUCAGAUGAGUGUAAAGAAUAUCCUGCAAAAUUGUAUUGCACAAUUCUGUUCACCUAAAAUUUAAACAUGUAAAUAAAAAAAUAAAAAUAUCCAGAAUAUAACAUUGGAUUAUAAAAAAUUAACAUGUAUUGACAAAAAUACAAUUUAUUUUUAAUUUAUAUAAAAAAAAAAACAAAACUUUUAUAGGAAUAAUGAUUAUUGUGCAUUAAAAGAAUCACUCAAUAUGCUUCUAUAUUUAUAUAAAAAUAAUGUGUAAUAUUAUUAUUUUUGCUAUGGAUAAGUCUAUUUUAAAUAGUUAUGUUGUAAAAUUAAUGAUUAUGAUGUUAAUUGUUUAAGUACCAUCCUAAUACGGAUGAAGUGGGGCAGUUAUUUUCAACUAUCAGUUAAUUAUACUAUGGUGCAUAUUCUAGUUGAAUUUUAUAGAUAUAGAAUUGUAAAUGUUAAUUAUUUUGUUGGCAUAAAUGUUAUAUUAUCAUGACUUACUUAUUAGUUAUUACUAUGACAGACAGUACAGGAUAUUUCGUACAUCAAAAAACGCGCUUUAAAUUUAAAAUUUUAUAUUUUUUUAUUUUGUUAAUUUUAAUUAUUGUUAAAAUACUUAACAACCUGUUCAUUUUGUAUACCUAUUUAAUACUUAUACAAUAAUCAAUGUUGGAAAUAUUAAGUAAAAUUACUGUUUAUUGAUUUUUAAUUGAAAAUAAAAUGUCUUUCUUAAUAAACACAA